AACAGGGCAUCAGUCUCUGUCUCUCUCUCUCUCCUUCCUUCAAUCAAUUUCAAAGCUGAUCGAAUUGCAAUUGGAGUUGGGUAAUUUGGGGUUGUGAGCCACGCCACCCAAAUUCAAAUGGCGUCGGAAGAGAUUGGCUUAAUACCACCACCCCAUCGACUCCACAACGGCUUGACCUCUCAGCUCGCCUUCCACGACCAGGGCCUCUGCUAUUUUCAACCCCAAGAGUCGGCGAGGACCAGAUCUGCAGGGGACGAGCAACAGGAUGAGUACGAGGACGACCAAGACGAUGACGAUGAUAGCGAUAAUAAUAAGAAUCACAAUAGCAACAACAUUGCCAUACAUUUUGGGUCAAAUAGGGGUGUACUGAUUAAGGAUUGUAAUGUUCUGCAUUCUGGAAAUGACAACAGCAACGCAAGAGCAAUUCUGAUUGAUAAUCAUCGGCAAGGACGAUUUAAUCAGUACCAGAAUGAGGUUACAAUUGCCGACCCAGACCGAGAUUUGUACCAUUCACAUUAUCUGCAGGGACCAGAGGGGUUAAGCAAUGGGCAGAAGGGCAUAGUGGUUGGGUUUAGUGGAAGAAAGGAGGGUUCUUAUUCAAGUGAAUCUGGAGAGUCUCUGUGGAUGGUUCUUUCCGAUCCUCUGACUGGAGAGCUUAUGGAUGAUGCCAUGAUAUUGCCUUGCGGGCAUUCCUUUGGAAGUGGCGGAAUACAGCAUAUUAUUAGAAUGAAAGCUUGCUACACCUGUUCCCAACCAGUAUCAGAAGAAUCAGUGUCACCAAAUCUUUCUCUCCGAUCCGCUGUCCAGGCAUUCCUUCGGGAAGAAGAGUUACAAGUUUGUCACUCAUCCAAAAGAAGAAGAGAGAGAUUUGAACAGGACAAGGGUAGUUAUGGUGAUCCAAUGCCCAUGGAUCAUCCAAGGAGAAGAGGGGUUCAGUUCCCAUUUGCUGUGGCUGACCGGGUUAUUAUAAUGGGUAACAAGAGGACACCGCAACAUUUUGUUGGACGUGAGGCUACAGUAACAACACAAUGCUUGAAUGGAUGGUAUGUGGUAAAGACAUUGGACAAUGCAGAGAGUGUGAAAUUGCAGUAUCGCUCACUUGCGAAGGUUCCGGAUAAUCCAUCCUCAAAGCCAGCAACAAGCAAGAUGACACCAAACUGGCUGUAGAGUUGCAGAGGUAGCUACAAUCUGUUACCUGUAUUCAAUUAGCUUUAUCGCUUAUGAGGUUUUCUUGUAAUAUUUUUGUUGUGUUCCUUACAUGCAGAUGUCAUAUUUAGGCCUUGUAAAAUUUAGAUGCAUGUUGUUUGCAAUUUACGAAACCCUCGAAUGAGUUUUCAGAUAUGAAUUAUGGUAUCAAUUUUGUUUAAAAUGUCAAAAGCAGUAGCUUUGUAUUUUGCUGGUGCUUACAUAGAAAUUUGAAAGGUUGUUGGUCUUUGUUGUUUUCA